AUGGUGACCCUCUUCCAGAUGUGGGUAGUGCCUCUGUACUUCACCAUCAAACUCUACUGGUGGCGGUUCCUGGUAAUCUGGGUGCUCUUCUCAGCGGUCACAGCUUUUGUCACCUUCAGGGCAACUCGAAAACCUCUGGUUCAGACAACGCCCAGGCUGGUUUAUAAAUGGUUUCUGCUAAUAUACAAGAUGAGCUACGCCACCGGAAUCGUGGGGUACAUGGCUGUGAUGUUCACGCUCUUCGGUCUUAAUUUAUUAUUCAG